AUGGAGAACGGCAUUGUUGUCAGCAAUAAUUCAUCCAACCCUACAACAACUUAUGAGCAUGUUCGCUUGUUGAAACGUGACCGACCACAUCUUCUACGGCUUCCGUCAUCAAUAUAUCUGCCGGAACCAUCUCCUUGUACCCCAUGUUCAGUGUUUUCAUUCGAUUUACCUAGUACUCCAAUUGUUAUUAGGAGCCGUUCAAGGUUAACUCGUUCGACUAGUCGAUCAGGCGGUUUGACGACGACGGCGACACCGCGCAGUGUGUUCUCAUUUGACGUCGCCUUCGAUCUCACAUCACAGAAAACACCACGAACACCUAGAACGCCGAUAUCACCUCGAAGUCCAAAGACUCCCCGAUUUCCAGAAUUGCCGACAAUCGAGGAGUCCAGAGAUUCGUUUAGUUUUGCUGUACAAUCAUCGAAAGACGACGAAAUACCGUGUGAUGAAUCCGUGACGCCGUUCGAUCAGCUGCCAUCACAAACUGAUUGGAAAUCGAUUCGUCUGAUGUCGAUCGUCGUACUGCUCACCAGAAUCCAAUUCACGGUCUAUUUUGCAUCGCUGUGGCCAUUUUUACAAGAGAUAGAUGAGAGUGCCACUAUGCACGACUAUGCACUGAUCAACGCUUUAUACAGCGUUGGCAUAGCCGGUUCAGCACCAUUUUUUGGCUACUGGUCAAACAAGCUAGGUUGUAUUCGAGUACCGUCAAUGUAUUCUAUGGUGCUGAUGUUUACAACAAAUUCACUCUACAUCUCAAUUCAUAACUUUGCCGGUUACGGUAAAUAUGCGAUGGGUGUGGCUAGAUUUUUUAGCGGAAUAGCUGCAGGUGGUAAUUCUCUUCUGCCGACUUAUUGGACGUACGCAGCCACAGCAGAGGAUCGCUCAACGGCAGCCGCUUUAUUCGAUGGAGCAUUUUGCUUAGGAAUUGCGUUAGGACCAAACAGCCGUUUCUCCGUCUCAUUGCCACCAUUCGAUAAAGUGGCCGUAUUUUGCUGCAUAUUCGCAAAAAUGGUGCAAAUGUUCAUCUAUGCGAACAUGGAAACUAUCGGAUCCAUGUACACUCAACAAAUGUUUGAUCUUAGCCGUGUGGAGACCACCCAGUUUAACUCGAUUCUGGUCUCAGUCUCAGGUUUCAUCGGCUUCGCCUUUCUCUUGACCUACAUCUGGACGAAAUUAAGCAGGCGGAUCGACGACCGUAGCGGUGUUAUCGUUGGCAUUCUUAUUUGUGUCACAUUUCUCUUUUCCACGUAUUCAUGGUGGUUUUACACCGGAAACAUCAGAAGUAGCGCUUGCCUUUCAUCAUGGUGUGCUACUACACCACGUAUACCUAUGCACCUUUAUGCCGCUUCUUAUGUAAUUGUAUUUGGUAUCGGAUUCGCAAUGAUGAACGUCCAUCUAGCGGCGAUGUACUCAAGCGUACUUGGACCACGUAGACAAGGUACCAUGCACGGUAUCAACACUUUCUUGGCCAGCUGUAGCCGAGUGCUAGGUCCAGUAGCGGUAACAGACAUGUUUGGUCAUUUCGGUCCGCGAGUCGUUUGGUUAUUUCAAUUCGCUACAUGGAUGAUACUUCUCUUAUCCUUAGCUGCUUUUCACAAACGACUCGUACCCUUACAAAUCCCAACGGUUAAGCGAGACGACACGAAUGCGGGGGCAGAACCGACAAAUGAUGUCAAUCAACAGCAAUCUCACCAGGAUUAA